CUGUGUGUGACGCAGAGUGUGUGACGUUCCUCCAGUCUCUCGCCGGGAAUCCCGCUUCACUUCCGUCACUCGCUAGUUUCGGUAGUUAAACCUCCGCGAGCGCGAGUCAAUCACGCGUCCGUCACUCGUCUCCCGCUCGCGCUCAAACGGAGCGCGUGACGUCACCGCAGCGAGGGGCUCCGGUUCUCAGGUGUAUCCCGGUCCUGUCUCUCUCUCCGGCGGUCGGUCGGUCGGUCGGUCGGUCGGUCUUGGGCUCGCACCGGGAAUAACGCGGCGGACCGCGCGUCUCCAGCGACAUGGGAAAGACUCGCGCGCUGCUCCUGCUGUGCGCCGCUGUCGCUCUAUGCCACUGCAGGUCAGUGACUGUGUCCAGGGGCCCCCUGCUCCGGGUCGAGGGCCAGCCGCUGUCCAUCCGCUGUGAUGUAUCAGAGUACGAGGGCCCGCGGGAGCAGGAAUUUGAAUGGAAAGUAAAACGAGGAUCACAAUUCAUCAAUGUGAUCUCAACAUUUGAUAAUCGUUACACAGACCGCUCUCUUCAGGACCGUAUACGGAGCGGAGACAUCAGUGUGUCACGACUAGCUAAUAACGCCGCUGAGCUGAGGAUUCAAGAGGCUCGAGUUAGUGACAGCGCCACCUACCGCUGCAUUACUCCGAGCACAGACUCGGUCUUCAGUGGAAACUAUGAGGCAGACGUCCAGCUGCAAGUUAUCCCCAACAGUCUGAUUGUGGCUCCCGAUGCCCCAAACCCUGUGGUUCAUGAGGGCGGAUCCGUCAGACUCCUGUGCAAUAUCUCCCGUAACUUCAUGGAGGGAAUUUACCUGUCUCUUACCUGGUCGGUGAAGAAGGGCUCAUCUCUGCUGGAGGACCUGCUGAGCUUUGGUCCAGAUUUGGGCGUGACAGUUGGCAACAAUUACACGCUGCGCUACACAGAUGGCAGGAUGCGGCUAGAAAUGGGGAACGGCGUCUCGCACAGUCUUGUGCUCUCCGCAGCGACGCCGGCGGAUCAGGGCAUGUACAUGUGCACGGCCAGACUGUGGACGAGAGAGCAGGGAGCCUGGAACCGUAUUCAGGAGAAGACCAUGGAGAUGGGAGAAGUGACUGUCACCCCGACGGCGAGCUCCCUCAGCGUCCAGGUUCAGGAUGACAGCACAUUGUCCACAGGAGAGUCGCUGCUCCUCACCUGUUCUGUGUUCGCUGAAGCCUCGGUGGAUCUGGAGGUGACGUGGCUGAUGAACGGCACGCAGGUUGUGGCCCGUCUGAGUCGUGACGGCGUGCUGACCAAUGCAUCUAAUGCGGUGGAUGUGAGGCGGCUGGGAAAGUGGGAUUUCCAGCUCAAGGUUCACGGUGUGGAUCUGUCUGACGCGGGACUCUAUGCGUGUAAAGCGAGUGCAUUGGUUCAGCGCGACGGUGGACGAUGGGAACGGGCCGCGGAGAAGGUUUCGGACCCCGUACGUGUUCACGUUAUUAAGCAAAAUCCAGACUACACUGUUGUUCUGAACUCAUCUGUGAACGCAAAGUUGUCCGGUGACCCGACGGAGCUGGAAUGCAAAGUCACAAAUGUGUCGAACCUUCGUAGCGGGCGGCUGGGAGUGUCGUGGCUGUACAGAGACGUUCAGCCCGGUGACGUCCCGUUAUCCACUCACACCAUCGCCUCUCUGGAUGAGAACGGGAACCUGGUGGCAGGCAAGACGUACAAGAGCCGCGUGGAGGCGGGGCUUAUUACAGUGACCCGAGCAGAACCUUCUGUGUUCAAGCUCCGCCUCCUUCACACGACGGACACCGACGCCGGUGAAUACACAUGUGCUGUAACCGCAUGGGUGCCGUCUCGACAUGGGAACUGGAAAAAGGCUGCCGAGCAUGUGUCCUCAGCGCUGAAAGUCAGCUUUGCUAACAAGCGUCCUGUUCUCAGUGUCGUGGCCCGGCGUCUCCGUGAAGCUUCGGCUGCCGGCUCCAGGUUUGAGAUGAGCUGCCAGACUCACGUCCAGAACAUCCCGCCGGGAGCCGCCUUCUCCAUCCUCGUCUUGUCCGAGGAGGCCGUCGGGUCGUCCAGCCGCAAACUGGCCUCUCUGAGCUCCGAGAUGGUUCUGCAGCUGGAGGAAGACCGGGACCUGAUGCUGGUGAAGACCGGGAAGAGGGAGUUCCAGUUCCGGAUCCAGGCGGUGCGAGAGACCGAUCGAGGCUUUUACUGGUGUGAGAUGAAGGCCUGGACGAAGCAGACCGGGGAAGACUGGGUAGAGAUGGCCAAAGGAGUGUCCAAUAAGCUUCAGAUCGACUUCAUACACAAAGGUCCCACGUUUGAUGUGUCCAUCAGUUCAGACACAACGAGUGUGUUCCCCUGGGAAACUGUGAAGAUGGAGUGUGAUGUCAGUGUUAGCGGCACGUCUCUGACUACAGAUGAUGUAGCGUACGAGAUGAAGUGGUUUCUGAGUCGUCUGAAGGGAUCAAACAGCCCGUCCCUGCUAGCCAGUAUGGACCGCUGGGGUGUUGUGCACAAGGCUCCUCGCAAUGACAGCAGCGACUGCAGCCUGGAGCGCCUGGGACCCAGAAGAUUCGUCCUGAACAUCCACAGCACACAGGACAGUGACGCGGGUGACUAUUACUGCACCGCAACACCCUGGAUCCGCUCGACCUCCACCAGAGUCUGGAGCAAAACACCGGAGAUCCUCUCACAGAAAGUCUUUCUUAGUGUAAAGUUUGCAUUGUGGGACUCGAUGAAGCUGCCUUUGCUGUACGGCGUCUGUGCUUCUGUGACUGUAGGCGUCGUUUCUCUCGUCCUGGGCCUGGUCUGUGCUCACUGCUGCUGUAAAACCACUACACCUACCCCACGCUCUCGCGACAAACUCAUGGAGCUGGAGAUGGAUUGACAAAGACAGUACAGUUGUCCCCUGCCGAACUGGACGGCGUGGUGACAACUGAUGAACGCUGGGAAGCGUCCCGUGAUGAUAUGCACCACCUGGAAGGAGAAACUACAAUCUCAGAGGAAAAAAAAGCUGAAUCAGAGUCAACGACUAGGGCGAAAUACUCAAAAAUUGCACUAACCACAUUCUUAUAUCAGCUGGGUACACGAUUUGUUGGAUUAAUGAACGUUUCGUCAUUGAAACAGGAAGAGAUACCUGACAAGAUCCGUGUAGGAUUUGACAGAUUGAAGGAUUAUAUUACUCUACAUCAAGCUCCAAAGAGAUCGUCUGCUUCCAGAUCAGGGUUUAAAGACACUCGUUUCUACCAUGAUUCUUCUGAGUUUGGUGCUACUCUCUUUUUGCAAGACACGGGAGGAGCUGAACCCAUGUCACAAUGUGAAAGAUGGUGUUUUAUCUGUGAUUCUGUGUUGUAAUGUAUGUACCGUUCAGUUUUGUUCUCCAACCCGUCCAGAGUUUACCAGCUCUGACCAACCCAUCUCUCUAAAAGCGAACUAGUCAACCAUUACCAGCUGGUUGACUGCGAUGCGAUGGGCGGUCACACUAGAUUUGAGUAUAUGAUGUUUAAAAAAAAAGUUUUUUGAAUAAGUAGUAUUUUUUUAAUAAAUAAUACAUUUCUAAUAUUAAAAUAUA